AUGCUAACUCUAGACAGAAAUCAACAGCCUUACAAAGUGAUCAAACAUUUCCAAGAACAUGUUCCUCAACAUGUACAAGGUCCUUGCCACAGCACCAGAUCCAUAUCCCUUGCUCAAAGCUGCUGUUAUGCAUCUCACACAUAUACUUCAUUUCUCCACACAUUCACAUGUGCGCAGGACCAAACAGUCAAAGACACAGAGGCUCACGCACUGGAGGCUGAAGUUACUCAAUUGUGUGGUGAGAACACUGGGUUUUGA